AUGUCGGUCGCGGUCAGCAACAGGUUCCAAGGAGGGAAGGCUUUCGGCUUGCUCAAAGCCCGGCAGGAGAGGCGGCUGGCGGAGAUCAACCGGGAGUUCCUCUGUGACCAGAAGUACAGCGAUGAAGAGAACCUGCCGGAAAAGCUCGCAGCCUUCAAAGAGAAAUACAUGGAGUUUGACCUGAACAAUGAAGGCGAGAUUGAUCUAAUGUCUUUAAAGAGGAUGAUGGAGAAGCUGGGGGUCCCCAAGACCCAUCUGGAGAUGAAGAAGAUGAUCUCGGAGGUGACAGGUGGAGUCAGUGACACCAUCUCCUACCGAGACUUUGUGAACAUGAUGCUGGGCAAGCGUUCAGCUGUCCUCAAACUGGUCAUGAUGUUUGAAGGAAAAGCCAAUGAGAGCAGCCCCAAGCCAGCUGGCCCCCCUCCCGAGAGAGACAUCGCCAGCCUGCCCUGA